GUCAUCCCCGCGCCCGCGCAGCCUGUCAAGACAAAAAAAGGGGUGAAGAGGAAAGCAGACACCACCACCCCGACCACCAUCGACCCGAUCCAUGACUCGUCAUCGCUGCCCGCGGAGCCCAAGUCCACCAAGCUGGGCCCUCGGCGGGAGAGCAGUCGCCCCGUGAAGCCCCCAAAGAAGGACGUCCCAGACUCGCAGCAGCACGUGGUGGAGAAGAGCAGUAAGAUCUCGGAGCAGCUCAAGUACUGCAGCGGCAUCAUCAAGGAGAUGUUCGCCAAGAAGCACGCGGCCUACGCGUGGCCCUUCUACAAACCUGUGGACGUGGAGGCUCUGGGGCUCCACGACUACUGCGACAUCAUCAAACACCCCAUGGAUCUGAGCACCAUCAAAUCCAAGCUGGAGACCAGGGAAUAUCGGGACGCUCAGGAAUUCGCGGCCGACGUGCGGUUGAUGUUCUCCAACUGCUACAAGUACAACCCUGCAGACCACGAGGUGGUGGCCAUGGCCAGGAAACUGCAGGACGUGUUCGAGAUGAGGUUCGCCAAGAUGCCGGAUGAGCCGGAGGAGCCCGUGGUUCCUGCCUCUUCGCCCGUGGUGGUGCCACCACCCACCAAGGUGGCUCCUCCUUCCUCCAGCGACAGCAGCAGCGACAGCUCCUCCGACAGCGACUCCUCGUCCGACGACUCCGAGGAGGAGCGAGCGCAGCGGCUGGCAGAGCUCCAGGAGCAGCUGAAGGCCGUGCACGAGCAGCUCGCGGCUCUGUCCCAGCCCCAGCAGAACAAACCAAAGAAGAAGGAGAAGGACAAGAAGGAGAAGAAGAAGGAGAAGCACAAAAAGAAGGAGGAGCUGGAAGAUGCCAAGAAGAGCAAAGCCAAGGAACCACCGCCCAAGAAGGCCAAGAAGAGUAACAGCAACAGCAAUGCCUCCAG